AGUAUAUAAAGCUUGUAGAGAAAAAGAGAUGUACAUAGAAAACAUUUGCUGUGACAGUUCAGUAAUCUGUCAAAAAUAGUUUGCGUUUAGUUUAUUAAUUUUCUUUUGUUCGAUGUUCAGCUUUCCUUUGACUUAUCGCAUUACAAGAUAUUUAAGUUCAAGGCCAUUAGAAACUAAUGGCGUGUAUCUUUCUUGAUAAUAAUUAUAUUAAAUUAAUCCUAUGUUUACAAUUUGUGCCUUUCCAAAAUAUUUUGCAUCACGUGAUCUUAUUGAAUUUUAAUUGGUUGUCGGUGAGCGUGCCCUGCGCGACGCGAGAGGCGCAACGCAAUAAUAGUUUUCCAAAAUGCCGUCGGAAUCGAAGCCUUUGUUGACAGCUCAAACAGAAAAACCAAAUCAUUAUAAAUAUCUAAAGGAAUUCCGAGUCGAGCAGUGUCCGUCUUUCUUACAACACAAAUGUACACAACACAGGCCUUUCACAUGUUUUCAUUGGCAUUUCAAUAACCAGAGAAGAAGAAGACCCGUUAGAAAAAGAGAUGGAUCCUUCAAUUAUAGCGCAGAUAACUACUGUACCAAAUAUAAUGAGACCUCGGGUAUUUGCGAGGAUGGGGACGAAUGCCCCUACCUCCACCGCACCGCGGGCGACACCGAGCGCCGCUACCACCUCCGGUACUACAAAACUUGCAUGUGCGUGCAUGACACGGACGCACGCGGGCUCUGUACUAAGAACGGCGCGCACUGCGCCUUCGCUCACGGCGCGCCGGACCUCCGGCCGCCGGUCCUCGAUGUUAGGGAGCUCCAGGCUAUGGAGAACCCGGACCAGGCGGAUGGGGACGCCGCCGCGCCUAAUGCUUUAGAUAGGGAACGGAAUUUGAUGAAUGAAGAUCCUAAAUGGCAAGAUACGAAUUACGUGUUAUCAUCAUAUAAAACGGAGCCAUGUAAAAGACCUCCUAGGUUAUGUAGACAAGGGUAUGCCUGCCCACAAUAUCACAAUAGUAAGGAUAAACGCAGAUCACCGCGCAAGUACAAAUACCGGAGCACCCCGUGCCCCAACGUGAAGCACGGCGAGGAGUGGGGCGAGCCGAGCAACUGCGAGGCCGGCGAGGCGUGCGGGUACUGCCACACCCGCACCGAGCAGCAGUUCCACCCGGAGAUAUACAAGAGCACCAAGUGCAACGAUGUGCAGCAGGCCGGCUACUGCCCUAGGGGACUGUUCUGUGCCUUUGCGCAUGUUGAACCGGAAGAUCUGACAGCGGCGCGCGAACUGGCCGCUCCACUAGAAUGCGGCACCAACCUGGCGGAGCUGCUCUCGUCCGCGCUGCCCGACGCCAAGCCCGAGCUGCUGCUGCCCGCGUCGCCGCCCGCGCCCGCGCCGCACACCAACGGCAGCGGCGACUCCGAGUGCGCCAGCACCUCCAGCGGCUCCAGCCAGGGCCGCGCCGUCGGCCCCAGGCCCCAGGACCCCAAGCCGCCCCAACAUAAUGUCUGGGCUCAACGGAGCGCGUUCGACGCGACAGUUUUACAGGAAGUCGUCGGGAACGCCCUCGACGAUUUGCAUCUAGACGAUCCGCUGUCGCUAGUCGCCGCUUUAGAUAGGGAUUUAGCCGACGGGGAAUCGAUGCUGGCCCCGUCGGCGCCGGUUAAUAUUCCGCGCGGCGCACAUCCUCCGUUACGCGCCUUCAGUCCACCCUCCGCCGGCUCCCCGCUGCCGCCUUUCCUCCGCUACGCGCACGAUACCUUCAACUCGCACGCGACUUUAAAAACUGGAAGCUACGGCGGGAGCGGCUUCGAGUUCGCGGCGACCUCGCCGAGCGCACCCGGCGAGAUAUCUCGCCUGAGAGAGGAGGUGGUGGCCUCGCGGGCCGCCGCUCUACGUUGGGACGAGCGUAUAGCGCAGGCGAGGUCCGCCUGCGGCGCUUGGCAGAGGGAGGCCGACGAGGCAGUCCGAGCGGCACAAGUUGCGGAGCGACAAAGGGAUGAAGCGGUCGCGCGAGCUCACAAUUUGCGUAGAGAGUUGGAGGCCGCUCGCGCCGCCGGGGCCGCCGGAGGCGCCUCGCGCGCUCGGGAGCUCCGGACUCUCCCUCUAGGCACUCUAAAACAACUUCAAGCGGCCGCUAGAGCGGAGUUAGAGGAGAUCGAAAAGGUUUUAUAUCUAGAAACGGCGACCAAAUGUAUGGCGUGCGAGGAGCGCCCGCGCGCGGUGACGCUGGCGCCGUGCAACCACUACGUGCUGUGCGACAACUGCGCGCGCGCCGCCGACGAGUGCCCCUACUGCCAGACGCCCGUGCAGCGUCACCAGUAGUUUCACUACUUGAAUCGCAUUGUUCUAUCAUGAAGCAUGUAAGUCAUUUCCGUUUAAAUCUAAAUACAAGUUACAACACAAUACAAAACAGAAAGCUUACUUUAAGCUUUGUGUAUUGCAUACGCAUUAAUAAGGGCACACGAUCGUUCUUGAUCGACAGCUAGCGACAACUUUAGGCGUCGAUGAUGUUUGAAGAAAAUAAAAUGUAUCUUUUUCUGUUAUAAUAAACGUUAGGCCUACAAUUAUAAAACAAGUACCAAAUAAUAAUUCACGUUUUGGUGUUUCGUCGUGUGAUAUAAUAUACAUCUAGCAAGAUUUUUUUUUUAUAUAUACGAAGAAGCUCAAGUAUUUUGAUAGUUCAUUGCGAUUCAAUUAUAAAUUUGGGCCGAUAUUACUAUACCAUAUAUUACGAGAACGUAUAUAUAUUCAUUUGAUACGUCAAAUAUAUUCUUUACACAUGACUUAACAAAUUUAUAUAGACAAUUCAGUAGAUUUACUGAAAAUCAAGUUUUACUACGAAUUUUUUAUCCAUAAUUAAAUUAUAUGGCAACAUAAUAUCGGUCCCUAGUUGACGACCGAGCUCUACCUAUGAAAUUUACUUGGCUAUUAAACAAAUAAUGAUUGUCUAAAUUAUGAGAUGCAUAUUUUGAAAUGGAUGUAAGUGUAGGUAUAUAUACAGGUAGACCACGGUCGUCGACUGAGUGCUCUCUACUCGUGUAGUCUUUCGAAUAACACCCGUCGGUGCGACAGAUACUUUCCUUGAUAUUUUUAUAUAUGGGUAGAUUGGGGUGUAACGUGUUAUAUCACUUGAUAAUAAUGAUAGAAUAUUUAAUUUUAGUAAAGAGCAAGACUUAUUCUAAUAAAUUUAUCGAAUGAAUUUAUAAUACAUGGACUAGGGUUUCUCAAAUUAACUGCCAACGUCAUUUCAUAGUAUAUUAUGUAUCCCCGGAGAGUGGAGUUUCCUUAGUAUCUACAUAUUACUACUGGAAUCAUACUAAUAUCCUCUUCUUACUUCUUAGUAACCACAGAUUAUGCGCAGUGUCAGAAUAGGAGGCAUCUCACAUGACGAGUCGCCUUUUUGUAGUUAUAUUAUUUAUUAUAUAGUCGCACUUCAGCAUCGAAUUGAUGUUGAAUGCGGUGGCUACGCAACAACACUACCUUUAAAGGGUUCUUUACCCGUUGUCUCUCAAAAUUGUCACGCGUUUUAAUCUAUUCGGUUUCCUAAACGCGCGACUGUGUCGCUUGAAAAAGUCGAUGUGUUCUAACUGACCUUAAUGAAUCAUCCGGCAGAACACGAUUCAUUGACACCUAUUACCUAUUCUCAUUCGUAUAACAAUUCUUCAAACAUCUUGAGAAAGUCAAGAUAUUUUUCAACGUAUAGACAUUAUUUAGUGCAUGGUUUACACAGUAGAGAUUUAUAAUGUUACAAGAUAAAAUAAUAUGCUUUUGAUGUUAUUUCGUUUAGAUCAUUACUAGUGGAGUUGUUGCUUUUACUGAACAUACACAUAUUAUAGGCAUUUAACGAGGUUUUAUAGGUCGACGCCUGGCCAUGCUUUCACCAAAUAUCGGACGGUAAUGGAUAAAAUUAUAGUGUAUUGCAAAAUUAAAGAUUUGAAUCUGAAAAAUAAAGAUAUUGGUGGAAGCACGCCCAAGACAACUAGAAUUUAUAUAAUAAUUGAAGAAUAUUAAAAGUAGUUUUUAGUUUUAUAACGAUAUUCAAACAUAAAUUUGCAUGUUCAUUAGGAUAUCUAGUAGUUAUAAAAUCAUCAACAAUCUGAGAGUUGUUAAUUUUUUCUACAUUUUUUAAAAUCGUAUAUAUGUAAGUGAUUAAAGUGUGACUGCAAUUUGCUUCCUGGAGGUUUUCGGCACAAUUGUUUGCGCGCUGGCGGACCAAUCUUAGAUCGUACAUCGGCCAAUGGUCGGCGAAACGGCGUUCUAGUAGCGAUGUUAGCGACACUUGUACUACGCAUACUUUGAAAAUAAUUUCAAGUAUGGCAACAUAUUUUGGGGUACAUGAAUGUUAGAAACUUUAAGCAGAAAAAUCACUAAUACAACGCUAGUUCGGUCGACCUGCUCCCUGCGUCCCGUUGCCUGCACAGGCUGGCUCGGUAUUUGUAAUUUACCUAUUAAACUUAAGCCAAGUUGAAAGUUUUCAAUGAAUGUCAUAUAUUUAUAACCCGAUUUUUUAGGUUUACCCCGAGUUUGGAAAUAUAUUAGUUUGAAUGUUCAACUACCGAGCCGCCCCAAAAGCUUGCUGACGCAAAGGAGGGUACUAGCGAGUUUACUGCCCGGGCCUUUCCCGCGUGCAUUAUAUGCGAAUAGUAGGUAUAGUGCAUUUUAUGUUAACAUUCCUAAUUAACUGUUAGAAGUUACAGUUACUUUUUUAUUUCUCUAUCGGUGUGGGUACGCAUUUAGUUUUAAUCAUUGCGUUUAACGAGUAAAUAAUAAAAACUGUUAGUCUCUGUAGAGAGUUGCGUUACCCAACUUUGUUGUAGAUGUCACUUCAUGAGCCAGGUAUCUUCGUGAUCUCACGAAGUGACACCAUUAACAUCAAAGAUGUGAAGUGCCACUUUGUAUAUAAGUUACCAGUCUUCAUUAUUUAUUUGUCUCUGGUUUUUGUGUUCGAUUUCAAGUUUCGAGUACCGUCUUUUGGGUCAAACGAUUCAGCAGAUGUAUAUUUGGCUACGAACGGUACGGACAUGUACGCUAACGAUUUACUACACUAUACUACAUUAUACAAACGCAUUUUAUAUAAAAGUUUAUUUCGAUUUUAGUACAUUAUAAAAUAUUUAUAUAUUUUGAAAAUCUUGAAAGUUUUGUAUCGGUAUAUUAUAACAAAUUUAACCUAGGCGUAUGGAUUAGAUGUAAGUAGUGUUUUCAAAUUGUAAUGGACAUUAUUUUUAAGUGUGUAGUUGCGAGCCGUCGUGUAUCUUAAGCAAUAUGACCACAGCCGCCUUUACUCAAAUAUAUAACAUAUAUAUAAACAUAUAGUAUGUCGACACGGUACAUUUUGGUGUGGAGUGUUCAAAUAAAGAGUUGGCGUGAUUUUCUCUAAAAUUGGUGUGUUAUAAAUGUCAAAGGCCGCUAUGUGCAUAUCGGCCGCACGCGGGCGACGCGCGACAGCAAAUACUCAGACAGUCGUACGUGCGCGGCAGGCCUAAAUCGUCACAAAUAAAUUAUUCAUUGGUCGAGUCUCAAAAUUCGUGUGAAAUCACACUGGUGUCGUAAUUGUCGGUACAGAAUGUCCUGUGUGGCCAUAGAAUAUAGUAUUCUAGCUUAUUAGCUAUUUGUAUUUCUAAUGGUUUAAAAAUUUAGAUAGUAUUAGAGUCACACUUAUUUUUAUAUAGAGUCUUUAUCACAUGGAGAGAGUACUUUUCAUUAUUGAAAUUUGAAUAUUUAUAUGGUACAAUUGGUCUAACAGAAAUAUCCAGUAAAUUACAGUAUUUGAAGAGACGCUGCGUGUCUGCCGACAAGUAACUAAAUUAUUACAAAACGUGGUCUAUGUUAAUUGAAUCGUCAUCCAAAUUGUAAUGGAGGUUCCACUAAGAGAGACCCCCACACUAGCGUCUCUCGAGUGUCGGCGUCUAGUCAGCUUUAUGGCAGGGGCCUGUUUCUCAAAAGCUUGUAACUUGUAAUACAAGUCGAAGUCCCUCUCUAACAAAAGCUGUCAAAAAGUGACAUCCGUGCCCUGUUUAUCAAAGGCUUGUAACUUGUAAUACAAGUGGAAGUCCCUUUCUAACAAAAGCUAUCAAAAAGGGACUUCCACUUGUAUUACAAGUUACAAGCAUUUGAUAAACAGGGCACAGAUCGUAUUACAAGUUACAAGCUUUUGAGAAACGGGCCCCUGUGCCCUGUUUAUCAAAAGCUUGUAAUUUGUAAUACAAGUUGAAGUCCCUUUUUGACCCCUUUUGUUAGAAAGGGACUUCCACUCGUAUUACAAGUUACAAGCUUUUGAGAAACGGGCCCCUGGUGUCCGACGCAACGUUGGCGCAACUGCGCAACGACACCAUUUUUCAUUAGACGCCGAAACUCAAAAGUCGCAAGCGUGGGGUCUCCCUAACUACAUGGCUUUAUUGUCGACAGUAGAACAAACUUCGAGACAGAAAUCCUCAAAUUUUCUGUAUAACUUUUGUUCACUGAAAGAGUUGAGGAUCUGAUCAUGUUUUUCUGUUCUUACCUAUUGUACAGUGCUGGGGGUCUGUCACGAACUUCGUUUUUUGAAUGGCAUCUUUGUUACCCGUUUCUUACCUUAGGACACUUACCUUAUGGUAGUUAUGGUUUUUCCACAGAACGGACAUAUUUUAAGUUUGCAAAGUUUGAUGUAUACACACUGUUUAGAAAAAUGUCGGUAGAACGUAGCGUCAUUCUCGAAUAAUGUGCAAUAUAUUCAAAAUUGCUUAUUUGUCAAUAAAGCAUCACCUGUGUGUGUAGAUGCGCGGCGUGGUUGUUGUGUUAUCCAUUUAUAUUCGUUUGUAAGCAUUAAUUUUACGUUCACAGGGGUAAAUAAACUGAAUAGAAUGACAGUGUCGCAUAGUCUCGCUAUGAGAUCUACUAGCGCAUGAUGCCUUCUUGCAUUUCACUGGCCAUUCGUCGUUCGGUGACGCUUAGAAAAACCUCGCACUUAUAAUGGUGCAGUGCAAUCUAAUCUUGGGCCCGUUUCACCAGAGCUUGUAACUUGUAAUACAAGAGGAUGUCACUCUUGGUCAGCUUUUGUUAGAAAGGGACUUCCACUUGUAUUACAGGUUACAAACUUUUUAAAAACGGGCCCCUUAACACCACGGUUGUAUGGAACUGCCACUCUGUUCCGUUUUGUUACUCCUGUGCUUAUAUUCCGUUUUUACUGCAUUUUGCAUUAGUUAACUAUUUAGAUACAAUUCUUGUUUAAAUCUAGCUUGCAAGUAUGUCGCGUACGCAUAAUAAUUAAUAACAACCCCUUUUUAUAUGUUCUUAUUAAUAUAAUAUUUUUUUCAAUUAUUUAAUCUUUAGGUAGGUAGCUCCAACAAAUUCUUUAAAAUUAUUAUUGUUAAAUUAGAAAUAGAUAAUAUUGUAGUAGAAAACAAAUUGCGAUUCUCACGCUGAAGAAGAUCAAAUGAAUUAUGUUUUCAUUUUUUUAUAUUUAUUAUUCUAACUGCGGAACAUGCAUUCAGGCUUCGUCAUAGUAUUUUAUAAUCAAAUAAUUUUCAAAUCCAUGUGAUACAUAUGUGUAACAGAGAUGUGAAGAUUAUAAUUAUUAUUACUAGGUAGGUAGGUUUAAUAAAUUUUCAAUUCCAUUCAAUAAAA